AGGAACUGAGUGUUCCCAGGAUUCUUGCAUGCCUAUAAAUUCCCAAGAGGAGACAGUGCUUGAGGGACAGUUGAUGAUUCACAUUCAGCAAAGCCUCUCACCUUGUUCAGACAAUGUCAUCUUCUAUCUCUAGAGGCCUCCUCAUAUUAGCUGGCUUGUGCUCUGUUGUUCCUGGCUCCCAGGCCAAAGAUCUUGAAGAAAUGGAUGGAUCUGUUCAUGACCAUGAACAUCAUGAAUACCUAGUCUGCCAAAAUAUCUUUGACAAUGUUAUCGACUUCACCAUUAACUUGUACCAGGAGCCAGCCAGUUGGUCAGAAACUACUAAUGUCUUAUUGUCCCCAGUGAGCAUUAUGGCUGCCUUUGCAAUACUCUCCCUGGGGACUAAGGGGGACACUCACAUGCAGAUCCUGGACAGCCUGAAGUUCAACCUCAGAGAGAUGUCUGAAGCUCACAUGCACCAGUGCUUCCAGCUUCUCCACCACAUCUUCCAGCAUCCAGACCACCAGCUCCAGCUGACCAUGGGCAACAGACUCUUUAUCAGUGACAACCUGUUGCUCAUGGAUCAGUUUGUGCAGGACGUCAAGGAGCUGUACCACUCCGAGGUCAUCCCCAUCAGCUUCAGAGACACACGAUUUGCCAGCAAACAGAUCAGCUAUUAUGUGGAGAAGGAAACCAAUGGAGAAAUAGUGGAUUUGGUCAAAGAUCUGGAGGAAGACACAGAUCUCAUCCUGGUGAAUUAUAUUUCCUUCCAUGGAAAAUGGGCUGAUCAGCUCCAGGCUGAAUACACUGCAGAAGAGGACUUUUAUGUAGAUGAGGACACAACCAUCAGUGUGCCCAUAAUCAGGCGCCUUGGUGCAUUUUUCCUGGGCCGAGAUGAAGAGCUGUCCAGCUGGGUGCUGGUCCAGCACUCUGUGGGUGACGUCAUAGCCUUCUUCAUCCUGCCCGACCCAGGGAAGAUGCGACAGCUGGAGGAAGGCCUGACCCAGGAGCACUUUAAUAAUCUCCUUGGAACCAUUGACAAAAGAUUUGCCAGGAUACACUUCCCCAGACUGUCCAUGUCUGCAGCCUACGACCUGAGGAGCAUCCUGAGCACACUGGGCAUCACCAAGAUCUUCAGCGAUGAAGCUGACCUCUCAGGGGUCACAGGAGAGGCAUCCAUCAGGCUCUCCACGGUCGUGCAUAAGGCGAUGCUGACCCUCGAUGAGAGAGAGACAGAGACUGUAUCGACCCCUCAAUUUGAUGACAGGGCCUGGUCAAAUGCUCCCAUCAUCAAGUUCAACAGGCCCUUCUUUCUCCUCAUCAGGGAAGAAAGCACCAAGAUUCCACUCUUUGUGGGGAAAGUGCUCAAUCCCACACAGCAGUAACUGCUUUGUCCCUCCUUGACCUUUCAGGAAGGCCUCCUCCCUGGGUAACAUUAAAGCAACGCUGCUCUGGCCACUG